UAGUAGUUAACUGUAGCCGGGGGUACUCGCCCUGAACUCAGUCGCUUAGCAAAGAUUGUCAAUGACGGCUUUCGCACAAGAUGGGGGCUCUAGAUUUUCAAGGCAUUCUGGCAGUUUUAUUUCUGGCCGUCUCAAUUAGAGGGCUGGAUUACUCUUAUAAGAACAUGGAGUGCCCCUUUCCAGAGGGCCAAAGCGUGUCUUCGGAAACAGAAUGUCAAAAAUACACAAGCUGCGAAUGGGACCAUUCUUUUAGUCUGUGUCACAUGAAAAAGAACUCGGAAGCAGGUUACAUGGUCGCAGGGGAGAGGAAAAAGACCGCAAGAGGUUCGAAGACAACUCUGAAAAAGAUGGAUCCAUCCCUCACUAUGUUCCAUGGGGAUAUACAACAGUUGGUCUUUGAAGUCAUCGAUCAUGAAGAAUACCACGUGCAACUCAAGAUUUACGAUGCCGAAACACCACGGUACGAAGUACCUGUCCCCUUGAACCUACCAGACACGCCAGCGACACAACAGCGAUAUAUCGUCAGUCAGAGCGCAGAAGGGGAGCCAUUUACUUUCUCAGUCGGACGGAAGGGCAGCGCCAAAGAGAACACAUUGUUUAACUUGGUUGGACCCCUGACGUUUGAAGACCAGUUUAUUCAGUUUACAACAACGUUGCCAACGACCUACAUGUACGGGAUGGGGGAAAACGCCCAUCCCACAUUCAAGCACAUCUUUGCUCCGAGACAGACCUAUCCCAUUUUCCCCAGAGAUCACGAAGUCAUUGAGGAAGUUGUAAAUUUGUACGGACAUCAGCCAUACUAUGUCAAUGUCGAUCCCACCACCGAGGAGGUUCAUUCCGUCCUCUUCCACAACUCGAAUGCGAUGGAGUACUCAACCUUCAUGCUCGACUAUGGAUCACCCGCCUUGACUUUGCGUACAAUUGGAGGCAUUAUUGACCUUCAUAUUUUUCUAGGGCCUACUUUGGAAGACGUCAAUCGACAAUAUGUCAAUAUGAUUGGUCUUCCAAUUAUGCCUCCAUACUGGACACUGGGUUUCCACCUCAGCCGAGAUGGGUACCAGAACCCUGAAGAAGUGAGGAAAAUCAGGAAGAAAAUGAAAGCAUAUCAAAUCCGACAGGAUGUCCAGUUUUUCGACGUCAACUACAUGUAUGAUCGUCGAGACUUCACUUACGAUCAAACGGACUGGAAAGACUUGCCCGAGUUCAUUGAAGAACUACACAACGACACUCUGAAAGUGACUAUCAUUUUGGUAUCAUCUAUCAUCCAGGACCCUCCCAUCGCCUCCGACUUCGACGAAUACCCGCCUGGUCAGAGAGGGAAAGAAGCCGAUGUGUUCAUCAAAUGGCUCUCAGAAGCUUACAUCCCAGAUGAUCAGGAUCCUUCCUGGGGCAGCUAUAUGGUCGGGAGGGUGUGGCCCAGUUUCCCAACUGUAUUUCCGGACUUUCUUAACCCCGUCGCACAAGAAUGGUGGAGUAAUGAGCUAGACAUGUUUCGGAAGGUUCUCAACUAUGACGGCAUAUGGAUUGACAUGAAUGAAGUAACAAACUUCGGCACCAAUCCAUUUGGAGUCGAAGGGAGCAACUACCCAAAUAAGACUGACCUUCAGUGCCCUGACAAUAAGUACGACAGCCCGCCGUAUCCAACCAUAAUGACUCGUACGGGUGGCAGCGUCAGCAAAAGAAUCAGCGAGACAACGAUUUGUAUGUCAGGGAAUCAGACAGACGGAAUGAAUCGAUAUCUUCAUUACGACGUUCAUUCACUCUACGGAUGGUCGCACACUGUGGCUACAUACAAGGCGAUGAGAUCUAUGAAUCCCGGAAAGAGACCUAUGAUUCUCACCCGUUCAACAUUCCCUGGGUCUGGCCAAUACGGUUUUCACUGGCUGGGCGACAAUAGCUCAAAAUGGGAACACCUGAAGAUGUCAAUCAUUGGCAUAUUGGAAUUUAACCUGUUCGGCAUACCUAUGGUCGGAGCAGACAUCUGCGGUUUCAACGGAAACGCGACCAUGGAGCUCUGCGCCAGAUGGAUGCAGCUCGGAUCCUUCUAUCCGUACAGUCGUAAUCACAACUGCGGCGAGGUGGAUCAAGACCCAACUGCCUGGCGGGAAGUGGCGGAAACAUCGGCGCAUUACCUCCACGUCCGUUACAACCUCCUUCCUUACCUCUAUUCGCUCUUCAGGAGAGCUCAUCUCUAUGGCGAGAGUGUUGUCCGCCCGAUCUUCAGCCAGUUUCUGAGCGACACCAAAGCCUUGAAGGUUGAUGACCAGUUCUUCUGGGGAGAUGGAUUAAUGGUGGCCCCAGUCAUCACUGAAGGAGCGACCAGCAGAACAGUAUAUUUUCCAAAAGGCGAGUGGUAUGACACCUACGGCCAGAAGGUGGUCACAGGACCCGCUACUCUGGAAUUAGAGGCACCAUUGGAUAAGCUUCCUUAUUUCAUUCUUGGCGGAAACAUUAUCCCGAUUCAGUUGUCUGGCCUUACUACAGACGAAAGCCGAGACCAGGAUUUCGGACUGAACGUAUUCUUGAAUUCCUCGCUGGCAGCAUCUGGAGAGAUCUUCUGGGAUGAUGGCGAGACCGAUCUCGACUUGCAGGAACCUUAUUUGGCCCUGACUUCGUUUUCUGACAAUAUUCUGAAUGUUAACGUCCUCAACGGUUCGAGUUCAGUUGCUGGUCUGAGUAUAUUCGUCAUCCAAGUCUGUGAGUACAGUUCUUCUCCAAAGGCCAUCGAGAUUGAUGGGGAAAUCCUGCCUCCGGAAGAGUGGAGUUACAACGAAGAAUUGCACAUUUUGCGAUGCUUUCCCAAUGUUCCACUGGGAAACAGCAUCACACUCAAAAUUAUAGUGUGAUUGUUGAAAGAGAUAUUUUAAGAACUGUUCUUGUGCUGUGAUGAUAUGAUUGGGUAUUGAAAUAGAAUGUAGCGGAAGUUGACCCCAUAAAUAAAGAUUUGAAAUGCUUAUAAUGA